UCUGAGCAAUCAAAGUUGGGUGGGGGUGAAUUGGAACGGGAAGAGAAAAAGGGAUGUCGAAGAAAAACAAUUUAGCCAAGAGAAAGAAGCAGCACGAGUACAAUCUCCAAAAAGAGAAAGAAUUACAGGACAAGAAGAUCAAGAAGCUUCAUGCGACCAAGAACAAGAUGAAAGUUGAUGGAAGUGGGAAGAAGAAGAAAGGUGGAUUUUGUGUUGGCAAAAAGAAAUUGAAGACAAAACUAACUCCAGCUGCCAAAGCUAAAGCUGCUCAGGCAAUGGAGCUUGACAAUUGACAAUGAACCUCGUUUUCUUUCACUUGUAUCUAACACUGUUCUACUGCAAUCAUCUUUAGUCUUUAGUUUGAAGAAAUCAAGUUGAACCUAGCUUCUUCUUACACUUAUAUGUAUCACUCUUCCUUUCGAGUUCAAGAUUUUGAUGUCAAACCUGCUCGGAUCAAUGUGGAUUCAGCUAAUUAAUAUGUGAUGGUUGUCAUUUCUUAAA